AGUACACAAUUGCUGCAAUUUUGUAGGUGUACUUUUUCGAAGUGCCACUUAACACAUUUUUCCAAAUUGGCGAAGAGGGUGAUAAAAUUACGGAACAAGUUACAUAACCGUGAUGCUAUAAAAAGAGGGUCCAUUUUUUUUUUUUUUGUCACCUGUAGUAUGGGGCUAUAGCCAAGCAUACAUGUACUACGCCCUUUAUAUUUGCGCGUCCGUUGGCCUCCAGAGAUGGCACUCCGUAUCAGCACCCGCAGUUGCUCUUGGCACCUCCUCCUAGCAGCAUACAAUGGCCCAAGUGUAAAAUCAUUCCAGCAGAGGGGAGUCCCUCUUUUGCACCACCUAAGAGGCCUCUCUAGGGUAAACAAGCAGUGCGUAGGAAAGACACAUGUGAAUCAUUUUAUGAGUCAAGAGCGGAGUGCCCUGUCAACUUCUUCAAGCGUACAACUGAGCGGACACCAAUCUGAGGAUUACCAGAGUGAUGAAGAAAGCGACAAAUUAAUUUUGAAUGAUAGUGAUGAGGACGAACCUGAUGAAGGGGAAGAGUCCCAGGUGGAAAUGAGCACUGCGGAUGGCGUAACCGACGAGGAGGUCAUCACCAAAUGCGAAGAUGGCGGAAAUGUAGGGCGUACCCACUUGGGUGAAAGUACCCCCACCCAUGAACAGAGCUGUGAAAGUCAAUCGGAUAAUAAGACCGCCCACUUGAGGAAAAGGAACAAGUACGACCCUGACACGGUGGUGAUAUAUAACGACCUAAUCGAUUUGCCCCCCGGCAUGUGCUCACCCCCCCUGAGCGAAGAAGAAAUAGAACAAGUCAACUCGGGGGGGGGUGGCUCCCCCCUGGAGAAGUACUCAUGUGCCGUCGUUUAUGCUAAGAAGGCGCGCUCAUAG